GCUCCGGCUCUACUUUAUAAAGCCGCCGCUCGCAAUGUCAGCGCAUUCUCCUUUAUCUGUGAACACAGAGAAGUUAUUGAGACUAAAAUGGCUAGAACCAAGCAGACUGCCCGUAAAUCCACCGGAGGAAAAGCUCCCAGAAAGCAGCUGGCCACCAAGGCUGCCCGUAAGAGCGCCCCGGCCACCGGCGGAGUGAAGAAGCCCCACCGUUACAGGCCCGGUACCGUGGCUCUUAGAGAGAUCCGCCGCUACCAGAAGUCCACCGAGCUGCUGAUCCGUAAACUACCCUUCCAGCGCCUGGUGCGAGAGAUCGCUCAGGAUUUCAAAACGGACCUGCGCUUCCAGAGCUCCGCCGUCAUGGCUCUGCAGGAGGCCAGCGAGGCUUACCUGGUCGGCCUGUUCGAGGACACCAACCUGUGCGCCAUCCACGCCAAGAGGGUCACCAUCAUGCCCAAAGACAUCCAGCUGGCCCGACGCAUCCGCGGAGAGAGGGCUUAACCUCAACCCCACACCUGUUUACACCACAACGGCUCUUUUAAGAGCCACUUCACUCAAACUGAACAACUUCUUCCUCCGCUUCAUGUAGUUUAAUGAAACCAGUUAUUUUAGAUCCAUAUUAAACACGGUGAAUCACAUUAAGCGGCUUCCAAGAGAGCCACCUUAGACUUUAUAUAGCAACAUGUUAACUAACUUAUAUUUGUUUAGCUCUAGACUAUGGGUUACAAGCAACAUGAAGGUUACAUUAAUCUCCACAUGGAGUUAUAUUGGGCUUAUGCUGGAAGAAAUGUCAUUAUCAGUGUAAAGUUCUCAUCUGUGUAUGUUUGGAGUCCUGUUUAAUUUAGGGCCCAGAUUUCUGAAAUGAAAACCGGAGAAGUUUCUGGUUUGGUCAGUAAGUUAAUAAAAAUAUAUAUGAAA